UUUAUGGGUCUACCUUAUAAAAUGUAACAAACUAUUCAUAUACUUUAUUCUACUCUAUUCCCUUUCACUCCAUUCCCUUUCUUUUCUUCCAUUUAUAUUACUAACAUGGCUGGAUGGACUACUAUUGAGUUGCCAGAGAUUCCUUCUCCUAAUUAUAUUCUUGUGAAUAAUAUUUCAUUGAAAUCCUCAGGGAACAAAGUGAAAGAGUUCUUUUUAUUUUGUGGAAAAAUCAAAGAAUUUGAAAUGCAACUGGAUGAAGAAGGAACUGGUCAAAGAGCUUUAAUCCAUUUUGAACGAGAAUCUGCAGCCAGAACUGCCGCCCUUCUUAGUCAUGCCUUGAUUGAUGAAUCACAUAUCUCUGCCUCACCUUAUUUUGCAUCUAGUUUUUCAUUUGAUGAUAAGGGUAGUGAUGAUGGCAGUGAAGCAAGUACAAGUCAAGAAUCUAAACCAAAAUCACGUAUUGUAGCUGAAAUCCUUGCCAGUGGUUAUAUCUUACAAGAUCAUAUUGUAACAAAAGGUUUGGAGUAUGAUAAUCAAUAUCGAUUCUCAACAAAAUUAUUUGGUUAUUUAACUACUUUACAAGCCAAUGUGAAACAAUUCGAUGAAAAGUAUCGUAUUUGGGAUAAGGCAGUUGAAAUGGAUCAAAGAUUCAAGAUUCAAGAAAAGAUGGAAUUGGCCAUGAAGAAAGCACAAGAAGCAUUGAAUACACCUACUGGUCAAAAGGUACAUGGUUUGGCCAAUCAAACGAUGGCUCAUAUUGCAACUAUCCAUUACGAAGCAAAACGCAUCCAAAGUGAAAAAAUGGGUACCAUCCCUACUCCUUCCUCUUCUACUCCUCAUGAACAUCAACAAACAGAUGAUACUCUUGUUACUUCUACUUCUACUACCACUGCCAUGCCACCCACAGUCACCGGUUCUGCUUGAUAUGUUCCUCUCAUGAUAGCCUAAAAAAAAAAAAACGGACCUUUAAAAUUGAAAUAAACUUCCUGUCUGUACUUUGGAAUUUGUAUUCUUUAGUUUUUUUCUUCCCUUU